GCGCGCGCAGUUCCAUUGCGCUGUGCAGCGCCAUGGCCAAGGGCCGCUGCAAGUUCGCGCGCGGCCAACUCGAGGAGGCGGCGGCCAUGAUCUACUUGGGUUCGCAGGCCGCGUUCCAUCGAGUCGCGAGGCAGCUCCUGGCGCUGAUCCCCUGGCGCGAGCACGACGGCGACGACGUGUGCCGCGAAUCCGAUGUCCCCGACGUCCUCCGCCGCUUCCUGGGCGACGUUCUCGCAGAGCCUGGCCUGCUGCAGAAGCGCGUGGCCGACUCCCUCCAGCGGGCCGUCGUUGCUGAGGCGCGGCGCCUUGCCUGGUUCAACGUGGCAGGGCAUGGGGGCGCGGGGGUCUCCCGUCGCGGGGCUCGACCUGGAGCGCCGCCGGUGGCCGUUGCGAGCCAGAGCAUGCGCCGCGAAGGCCUCGCCAUCUCGACCGGGGAGUGCGUGUCGGAGCCCGCGGAAGCCGACGUGCCGCGCAACCCAUCGGGGGGGCUAAGGGAGGUGAGUGACGUGGCGCGCGCCGACGACACCACCUUCACCAUCGCAUCGAACGGACUGCCCGACGCGCUG